GGCCACUUCACCGUCGCGCUUUCCCACUCGCCUGACAUCGCUUGUGCUACCUCCCUCUUUCCCGGCCACAGUUUCCUCGUUUGUCAUCCAGGUAUUUUGAGAUUCUAUCCAUUCGUCGCAGUACAAGCGCUCUCGUGGGUUUCCACUUCCUGGUACCAUUCCUGCGGUUUUCUUCUCAAGUGAACUCGUUCGUUCGUGUAUAUUUAGCUUCCUUUUAAUGAUGUUGCUGUAUUCUUCGAUGUCUUGUCAUGACUAUGAAACUGAUUGAUGACUGCUCUAUGGGGACGAUAGUUCUGGUUGUGAGCCUCUGAAGAUUCGAUCCCAGUUUAGUACAAAUGCUGAACCCUUGCGAAAUUCAGGGCCUAGUUUGGGCGUAUAGCGUGAACUCCAAAUAGAGGUUCUACAGUUGCUUGGCUCGGUUUGUGUUCUCCCUGGUUUAUGUAUUUGGUGAGCUUUGAAUUCUUCGUGAAAGAGUAGAGGUUUGUUGUGUUUCUAGAAGUGACUGAUUUCGGAUCGAGCUUAUUGUCACCACCACUCAACAAUGAGGGGGCUGUUAAAACUCUCGCGUGGAGUGCAGCCAGUGAGAAUUGUUAACGAGAAUGGCGAGGUGCUCCACUUUCCGCCACUGACCGCAGUGGAGGAUGUACUCCAAUCCUACCCUCUCCAUUUCAUAUGUCAACCUGAUCUUAACAGUUGCUCCGAUAGUCUCAGCGACCAAAUGCUACCGUCCGACGCUGAGCUUCAAAGCGGGAACAUCUAUUUUCUCCUCCCACUGUCAAGAUCAGUUAAUCAUGGUUCGCAAUCGCCAGCAUCGCAAUGCCAACAUCGCACCGAUAUUGGCUUCGCAGCGCCAGCAGAUGUCGAGAAGUCAGCGCAACCGAGUUCGAAGGAGCACAGCCUCAAUCCUCGUAAAUUGCAGCUUAAGAUACCCAGCUGUCUGAUAAGAGUUCGCAGGCUAGGCUUGCAGCUUCGUCAGACCAGACGUAGAUCAAGAAUGAAAGUGCUGCCAGAACCAAAUGCGCAAAGCACAGGUAGAGGUAAAGUGAAGCCAAUUUCGUCAGGACCAACAAGGAGAAAUCACUUGUGGCGUCUGCGAUUGUGGGGCAUGAGCGAGGAAGAGGAACUGGAACUCGCGUUAAAACAGCUCGAGCAUCAUGGAUACAUGUGCAAGCGGGAGUCCUCUGUUGGUGCAAGGUUGCCUGCAAGGUCCCCCGCGACAUCUCGACCCGCUGAGCGGAAACCUUCAAAAUCCUCAAGGAUUAAAGCGGACGCCGAAACAGACUGGAACAGUGCAACAGUUGGAGUACCUACCAUGAUAGUGGUUUGUUGAGAGUGGACCACCAAAGUGCAUCGAGCUGCAAGUCACGCAAGCAGUUGUUGCAUGCAUCAAACCAGUUGCGGUCAAACCAAUUUCAGCUAAGGGACAUCAAUAGUUUUAUUCGAUGGAGUGAAAUCACAGAAAUCGCGAUCCGAUGUCUUGUCAGCCUUUCUAAUUUCAAAAAAUAGUAAGCAGAUCGGUAGAAAAAAUCUCGGAGACUCUAGGGAACUACUACUCUAUUCAGACAACUAGGCGUUGGCACUUGCAUUUGCUUUCUUUCCACAAGCAAAGCCACUUGAAUAUACAUUUCAUCGCUCAGUCAAAGAAUGACGAGGCACCUUUGUAAAGAUAUAUUUACCAUUGUUUGAAAUCAACACACUGGUGUACAAUUCAGUUGUGACCACA